GCCAACGACAGUUUCAACGGAGGAAUGUGACCAGGACGUAAACAGAAUUUUGAUGCUUUGUUAUCUGGACCUCGGAACUCAGCGCAGCCCGUGUUUGCCGUCACGUUGUCUACAGUCAUGUUAACAACUUAGUUCAAUCGUGCCAUUGCGUGGAUCCUACUCGCCUCUCCGUUGUGUUCAGUGUUUGAUAGCAUUGAUGACUGGAACUCUGGAACAAUGACCAAAGACAUUGUUGUUGGAGAUGAGCUACCGGACUGGGUGGGGGCCAAGGAGUUCUACCAGAAAUAUGACCCCAAAGAGGUGAUAGGGAGGGGUGUGAGCAGUGUGGUGCGUCGGUGUGUACAUAGACACACAGGGCAGGAGUUGGCGGUGAAGAUUAUCGAAAUCACAGCGGAGAAGAUGACGGCACAACAGCUGAACGAAGUGAAAACCUCUACAAUGAAGGAGAUUCAUGUUCUCAACACAGUGAAAGGACAUUCCUCAAUCAUCACGCUCAUCGAUUCCUACGAAUCCACAACAUUCAUUUUUUUGGUGUUUGACCUCAUGAGACGGGGAGAGCUGUUCGACUACCUCACAGAAAAGGUUACUCUGAAUGAGAAGGAAACAAGAUGCAUGAUGCGAGCUCUGCUGGAGGCGGUCCAGUACCUGCACUCUCUCAACAUCGUCCACCGUGAUCUCAAACCUGAGAAUAUUCUGUUGGAUGAUCAAGGGCACAUCAAACUCUCAGAUUUUGGGUUCUCUGUGCAGUUGCAGCCAGGACAAAAGUUGAGAGAACUUUGUGGCACACCUGGCUAUCUGGCACCUGAAAUACUGAAAUGCUCCAUGGACGAGACACAUCCUGGUUAUGGCAAAGAAGUCGAUCUCUGGGCCUGUGGCGUGAUCCUCUUCACCUUAUUGGCCGGUUCGCCUCCGUUCUGGCAUCGCAAACAAAUGCUGAUGCUGAGGAUGAUUAUGGAGGGUCGCUACCAGUUCAACUCUCCAGAAUGGGACGACCGGUCUGACACUGUGAAAGAUCUGAUUACCCGACUCCUGGUUGUGGAGCCAGCAGUCCGCCUCACUGCAGAACAAGCCUUGUCACAUCCUUUCUUCAGAAUCUACCAGAAGGAAGAGGUGCGGCUCUUCAGCCCCAGGAAGACAUUCAGGGUCUGGAUCCUGGCUGUGAUGGCUUGUAUCCGCAUGUACAGUCGCUAUCGCAGAGUUCGGCCACUGACUCGUGAGGUUCUCGCCAGAGACCCCUACUCUCUCCGGGGUGUCCGCAAACUCAUUGACGGAUGUGCCUUCCGAAUAUACGGACACUGGGUGAAGAAAGGAGAGCAGCAGAACAGAGCUGCUCUCUUUCAGAACACAGCUAAGAUCAUGCUGCUGGAGCUGGAGGACUUUGAAACGUAAAUCACCUCAUUCUUCAUUGGGAUGCCACUGUUAGUGUGGUGCGAUCAAGUUAGUGGGUCUAGGUUGAAGAAAUUCAGGGACCAGGACUGCUGUACGGAUGGCAUGUCUGACUUAGCAUGCAUGAAGUCCUGUUUGCCUUCCAGGGUGCAUCUUUGUCUUCUGGAACUCAUAAGAGAUUAUUUUGUUUGUGACACUUGUGUCUUGAAUUAUCAAGAUGUUUACGAUGUAUAUUUAGUAUUAUAAUGUGGAUAUGCAUUUGAAAUACUGUGAUCAUUUAUAAUUACGAUUAUAUAUAUAUAUAAGUAUUAUAUCAGAAUGAAUGACUGUAUUAUCAGGUAUGCAGUGGUUGUAGGACACUGCUGCAGCUCCAUGUUACUAUAAACCUGCACAUGUUUUUGAAAAUCAGCUGCGACUGCUGCGAAGACAUUGGAACAAAAAUAACCACUAUUCCCCACUUGCACCAUAAAUUAACUUCAUCAAGUACAUUCAACAUAAAUAACAUACAUUCAUGUUAUGGUGUGGAAUUUAACAUGGUGAAUAAAGACAUUGAACUGAAUAAAACUGUUCACUC